AUGGCAAACAAAGCGCAGCAACCACCUUACCUUCAUCUGGCAGAACUGACUGCAUCCCAGUUCCUCGAGAUAUGGAAGCAUUUUGAUGUUGAUGGUAAUGGCUACAUCGAGGGCAAGGAGCUUGAGAACUUCUUUAAAGAGCUGGAGAUUGCAAGGAGAGGAGCUGGUGUGGACCCAUCAAAUGUGUCUUUUAAAGAGAAGAUGACAGAGUUCAUGCAGAAAUUUGAUAAGAACAAAGAUGGGAGAAUCGAGAUGUCAGAGCUGGCUCAGAUCCUACCCACAGAAGAGAACUUCCUCCUCUGUUUUAGACAGUUUGUGGGCUCAAGCUCUGAAUUCAUGGCAGCCUGGCGGAGGUACGAUACAGAUCGCAGCGGCUACAUUGAAGCAAAUGAACUGAAGGGCUUCCUCUCAGACCUGCUGAAGAAGGCAAACAGACACUAUGAUGAUCAGAAAUUGCAAGAAUACACACAAACAAUACUCAAGAUGUUUGAUCUGAAUGGUGAUGGGAAGCUGGGUCUAUCUGAAAUGGCAAGGCUGCUACCAGUUCAGGAGAAUUUCUUACUAAAGUUCCAGGGAAUCAAACUGACUUCUGAACAGUUUAACGCCAUCUUCACAUACUACGAUAAGGAUGGAAAUGGCUACAUUGAUGAACAAGAGCUGGAUGCUCUGCUGAGGGACCUCUAUGAAAAGAACAACAAGGAGGUGGACACUAAGAACCUGACAGGUUAUAAAAAGAGCAUCAUGGCUCUGUCAGAUGGCGGGAAACUCUAUCGCUCAGAGCUAGAGAUUGUGCUCUGCCGGGAGCCCAUGCUGUGA